GAUCUAUGGAUUAUUAUGGAUUUAAUUCGUUAUUGUAAUUUCCAUCUACUUGCCUGCACUAUUGUCAUCUCAUCACUGUUUGUAAAAGAUGGUUCAUCUGCUGUCAGUUCCCCUUCACCCCUGGACCAGUGUUCCCCAAACCCCUGCCAGAACCGAGCCUUAUGUCGCCGCCGUGGGGACGGUUACUCCUGCUUCUGCGUGCCGGGGUUCCAGGGCUCUCACUGUCAGAUCGACGUCAACGAGUGCGUUUCUCAGCCCUGCAGGAACGGAGGCACCUGUGUGGACAGAGUGGGCACAUACUCCUGCCUGUGCCCCCCCGGGUUCACCAGCGGCUCUUGCGAGGUCGAGAUUGAUGAGUGUCAGUCACAGCCGUGUCUCAAUGGCGGCAGUUGCCAUGACUACGCCGGCGGCUUCACUUGCACCUGCCCGCCUGGUUUCCAAGGACACCGAUGUGAAAUCAACAUCGACGAGUGCCAAGAGCAGCCAUGCCAGAACGGAGCUGUGUGUGUAGACGGGGUGAAUGGGUUCAGCUGUGACUGCUCCUCCACUGCCUUCACCGGUGAACUCUGUGAGACGCCGCUGCCACCGUGUGACUCUGAACCCUGCUUCAACGGCGCCAUCUGUAAGGACAAUCACAGUAACUACACCUGUGAAUGUUGGCCAGGGUUUGAGGGGCGUCAGUGUGAGGUGGACAUCAGUGAAUGUUCCAGCAGCCCCUGUGCGAACGGAGGACGCUGCAUCGAGAGGUCCUGGCAGGUUCUGUACGGCAGCGAACCUCUGCUGCCUGAACACUUCCACCUGCAGCACGCCGAAGGCUACGUCUGCAGCUGUCCUCCAGGAACCACAGGUUCCCUCUGCCAGGAGGUGAUAAACCAGUGCGACUCCAGCCCAUGCCAGAAUGGGGGACGUUGCGAGGGUUUCGUAGGAGGUUACACCUGCCACUGCCUCAAACAGAGCCACAGCGGGGUUUACGGGGGUCCCAACUGUGAUGUGAGGCUGGUGGGCUGUAAGGGUCACGAGUGCCAGAACCGAGGCUCCUGCUUUCCAUUUCUAUUCAACGGGACUCAUGGCUACACCUGCUCCUGUACAGCUGGGUACACCGGCCCCCUCUGCAAGACCCCCACCACCUUCUCCUUCGAACGUAAAGGCCAUUUGCUGUUUCACAACCUCCUGGUGGACAUGGAGGUGUUCUGGAACAUCACCUUAAGCUUCAAGACCGUUCUGCCGAGGGCGGUGUUGUUUCAGAGGAGCACUGGGGGGCUGCUGCUGGUGCUGGAGGGGGGGCAGCUUCGCCUCACGCUGAGCGAAGAGGCCUCUGCCGGGGAGGAGUCGGAGAGUCCCAGCCAGGUUCUGGAGCUUCCACACAAUGUCACAGAUGGAGAGUGGCAUUCUGUAGAGGCUGUGCUUGGAAACCGAAUGCUCAGCCUGAAACUCUUGGACGUGGCUCAGAGCUAUGGCAGGCAAAUGUAUCACAAGGUGGCCCCGGUCCAAAGCCUACCCAGACUAGUGCUGCCUCUUUUCACCAAUACUUUCAUCGGGGGAGUGCUCGAGGAGGCCGACCCCCCCCCCAGCGUGGAGCUUCCACUUCCAGCGUUCAUUGGCUGCAUGCGGGAUGUUUUCGUGGACUGGCAGCUCGUGAUCCCUGAGGAACUACUGAGUGAGUCCGCUGUAAACGUGUCCCCCGGAUGCAGAAACAGGGACCGCUGCCUGGAUGUGCCUUGCCAAAACAGAGGACAGUGUGUCAACCUGUGGCAGAGCUACCAGUGCCGGUGUCCAAGGCCUUACGAGGGGCAGGACUGCGAGAAGGAGCAUGUGACUGCACGCUUUGGGAACGAGGACUCUCAGAGUUACGCUGCGUUCACUGUCACCAACAAUCUGACCGAUCACCUCAUCAUCUCCCUUUUUGUUCGCACGAGGAAGAGUAACGGACUCCUUCUAGCGCUCGCCGACAACACCAGCAGCGAGUACCUGCACAUGUGGCUGGAGGACGGCAGGGUGGGCGUUCAGCUCAACGGCUCCAACAGUCUGAAAUCAGAGAGCGUGAUCGACGACGGAGAGGUCCACUUUGUGAGUUUAAAAGUGGAGAAGGAGCUCAUGACACUGUACGUAGAAGAAGAGAAGCAGGGUGAGGUGGACAUCAGGACCGUGGAGGUUCAGGCUGGAGACUCUGUGUACGUGGGGGGUCUGUUGGAGAGCAGCAGAACCUCAGUGUUUGGAGGAUACUUUAAAGGCUGUCUGCAGGACCUGAGGAUUAACGACCAGAGGCUGCAGUUCUUUGGGCUGGACGCUUCAGUCAGAUCGUACCCUCUGGAGCUCAUGGGAAACGUAACGGCCGGAUGCUCCGGGGACAACACCUGCAGUAGAAACCCGUGUCUUAACGGAGGGAUGUGUUUCUCCAUGUGGGACGACUUCACCUGCUCCUGUCCUCCCAGUACGUCAGGACGCCGCUGUGAGGAGGUUCGGUGGUGUGAGCUGUCCCCUUGUCCCAUGGACGCCGAGUGUAGGAUCCUGAACCAAGGAUAUGAAUGCUACUCCAACGCCACCUUCCUCAACGACAGCACCGUACUGUCCUACCGAGGAAACGGACACAUAUCUCGUAACAUCACAAACCUGUCCUUAAACAUACGCACACGAAAGCGAAACGCCGCCAUCCUGCACGCGGAGAAGGAUUCGGCAUUCAUCACGUUCUCCGUCCAGGAUGGUUUCCUGUUCCUGGAGCUCCAGAGCACCCCAGGGGUCGACGCGGAGGAGGACGGGGGCGGACGGGGGGUGUCCACGGUGAGCCUGAGCAGCAGGAGGAGCAUCAGUGACGGGGAGUGGCACAGCGUCCACCUGUUCAUGUCGGCACCGUGGGCACAAAGCUCCCGCUGGACCCUAGUGCUGGAUGAUGAAACAGAAGAAACCAGCAUCUCCAGGAGUCAAGGGGGCAACCUGGACUUCCUCAGGCAGGGGGUGACCAUCUUCUUAGGGGGCCUGGGUCCUGAUGCGGGCUGGUCUUUGGCUGGAUGCCUGAGCACCGUGGAGCUCGGUGGCAUCGCCCUUCCAUACUUCAGCUCCUCCGACGUGAACCUCCCACGGCUGCAGGAGGAGCGGUUCGUCCAGACGUCGCUGAAUUCCGCUCUUCUCGGCUGCUCCGGGGCGUCCGUUUGCGAGCCCAAUCCCUGCAUGAACGGAGGCGACUGCCAGGACCUCUUCAACCUCUAUAACUGCACCUGUUCCGAGGGCUGGGCCGGGAGACGCUGCGACUUCUACCUGGACACCUGCGCUUCCGGUCCAUGUGUCCACGGCAACUGCAGCGUCCACGGGCUGAGCUACGAGUGCAGCUGUGAGUUCGGGUACGCAGGUGUGAACUGUGAGGAGGAGGUGGACGUGUGCGAAAACCACCUGUGUGCCAACGGAGGCACCUGUCUGCACGGACCGGACAGGUACGCCUGCCUCUGCCCUGACAACUACACCGGACCACUCUGCAGACGGCCAAAGCUGCCGGUUUCUAUCUGUGGUGAUGAUACGAGAAACUACACCUGCUUCAACGGAGGAAACUGCACCGACAGAACGCUGUCAUGUGACUGUCCUCCAGGGUUCACUGGACACCGAUGCGAACAGGAGGUGGACGAGUGCAAAUCCAACCCGUGUCUGAACGGAGGAUACUGCCGAAACCUCAUCAACAAGUUCGUGUGCGUGUGCGACAUGAGCUUCGCCGGAGACGUGUGUCAGACGGACCUGACCUCUGCAGGUUUGACCUCUGACCUCUUGCUGUCCGUCAGCCUGGCGUCCGUGGUCCUGCUGCUGGUCCUCAUCCUGACCUCCGUCGGCCUGGUGGUGGCGCUGAACCGCCGCGCCACCCACGGCACCUACAGCCCCAGUCGGCGAGAGGGGUCCCGGGUGGAGAUGUGGAGCAUCACGCAGCCUCCGCCCGUGGAGAGGCUCAUAUAG